UAUAUUGGGAUAAUAGCAGUUGCCCCAAAAGAUAGCAUAGUCCGACUAAAGCAAGAUUCGAAUUAUACCAUCAUGUAAACACACUGACUGGGACCACAAGAUUGGUUGACCUCUCUGUGUACCCAAGCAUUGUGCUUGGCACAAUAGGGGUCCACCGCUGGAAACUGCUGAGAGCGCCAACCUUCUACACACUUGGCAAGCUAAUUUAGUCAGCUUGUUAGUUUCCCACACACAGAUAGGAAUGUCCAUGUCAACAUUCAUACCGUCAAAAACAAACAAGCCUUAUCACAGUUCUUUGAAUAAAUAAAAAAAAUGAAAAAUUAACUGCACUCCAUAUAUUUAGCUGAACCGACGAUGAUUAACUCCAUUCGGCUCGCUGACCUAGAAGCCCAAUUCUACGAUGAUAGCAAAAUUUGCACUGGUGUUGCUAUUAGUUCGGUGUUGGACAGAGGCUAGUGGAGAGCUCAGUCAGGAUGGCCUUGUUAAACAAUCAGACAUCCCAACUCAGCUGAGAGAGCUGCAGGCUGUAGUGAAGAAGCUGGGCGAAGUGGCAGUGAGGCACACCAUAGCCCUGACGACCACUGAGUCCGAUGUGAAUGGUCUGGAAACGCGGCUGAGGGCCGGCGAGCUCAAGGCGGACGAUCAGAGGAAGCUGGCGGUUGGGCAGACGCUGCGCCUGAACUCGGUCACCUCUGACAUGAGAGAAGUGGAGUCCAGAGUGGAGACCAGCGAGAGGCAGUCACAGCAGCACCAGACAAAGAUCACCCAGCUGGGAAUGAAGAUGGAGGUUGCGCAGAUGCAGCUGCAGGCCAGCAAGAAACAGGUGGACAGACUCCAGGAGGAAAACACAGUCCAAGCGACUCAGCUGAGAAACAUGGAGGCCAAGUUGAAGGCUGCUGAAAACCAGCUGGAGCAAGUGAAGACUGUGAAUGAAGCUCAAGCUCGUGAAUUGGAGGAGCUCAGUGUGAAGUCAUCUACAACUGAGGAUGAGCUGAGGCAGCACCAGACUACAGUGGUGGACUUAACAGGAAAGGUGAAGGAGAUACAACAAGAGAAUGCAGUUCAAGACCAGGAGCUGGUGACCCUUAAUGAAAGGUCAAAUAUCACUGAGACUCUGGUGGAUGAGCAAAAAAUUGUGAUGCAGGAGCUGAAGACUGAGCUGGAUGGACUGGAAAGGCAGAAUGCAGACCAGGACAUUGAACUGGAUUUUCUGGAAAACAGGUCGAACUCCACUGAUGUCCAGAUCAAUGAAAUACUGUCUGACAUGGUGGAGCUGAAUACUGUGAUGGACAGGUUGAUAAAAGAGAACGAAGACAGACCAAAGGUGGCAUUUGCAGCAAGUUUGGGGAUAAACGGGAGGCUGGGUCCUUACAGUUCCCCAUAUUCACUUGUCUACAGCAGAGUCUUGACAAACAUUGGCAAUGCUUACAGUCAAUCAACAGGUAUCUUCACCGCCCCUGUGAGUGGAGUGUAUUUUUUCAGAUUCACUGUUGGCACAGAAACUCUGUCAUAUAGCAGUGGGGCCAUACUCUACAAGAACAAGGAGCAGGUGAUCAACAUCUUCACACAUGAAAAAAAUGGCCAGCUUCGCCACUACUCCAGUGGAGCAGUUCUUCAGUUAGAGAAGGGGGACACAGUCUACAUGAAGCUAGAGACGAACUACCAGCUCUAUGAUGAUGCACACAAUCACAACAUCUUUUCAGGCUUCAUGCUUUUCCCGAUGUAA